GCCGUUCCUCUGGGUCUAACGUAGCCUUUUUUUGGCUGAGAUGGAGGUGCCACCUGGAAAAAUACCUCAAUCCAACCCCAAAAUAAAAGCCCAUAUAACCUGCUCCAUUCUUCAACAGCUUAACAACCUUGUUAACCCUUGUUUUGUUCUCUCCGAGGAGCCCAAGCAGAGAUGAAGAAAGGGGAAAUCCAGGGAGAGAAGAUGAAGAACUGUGAGCUAUGCGAAGGCGCCGCCGGAAUAUACUGUGAGUCCGACCAGGCGAGUCUGAGUUGGGACUGUGACCGAAAAGUGCAUGGCGCGAACUUUCUGGUGGCAAAGCACACGAGGAGUCUUCUCUGCCACUCCUGUCAAAGUUGCUGAAUUUGUGUAUGAGAUUUCUUUGGUUUAUGGUGUUUUUGCUCUCUUGUUCUGGGUCUCUUUAGUGGUUUAGACGGUAUUUUGAAGUGUCAUUACUUGGGUUAUGGGUUUAAAGUUGUCUUCUUUUUGUGAAUUGAGGUAUGAAUUAUGGAAAAGAUGUUAGAUUUGCUAAUUCUGUGACCUGGGUUGUGCCGUAAAUGAUUGUUCUUUGGCGUUUGAUUUUCUGAGACUUCGUUUUAGAUUUUGGGUUGUGGCAUUAUCGGCUCGGGAUUUUAGCUUCUUUCUUUUACAGGCAUCGUUUUAGAUUUUGGCUUGGGUUAACAGCUCGCUCAAUUGCCACCAGGGCAGAGUAGAGAGUGAGAAAAUGGUUAUCAUCCACUCCAAGCUUUCGUUCCUAGUGAAAUUCGUCCACACCAUAACGAAGACGAGCAUGAUAAUCUUCUGAAGUGUAUCGGCGACAAUGAACCUGUAAUUCAUUU